AUGAGUCAAAAUUGGCGAGUAAUUGCACCUGGUCGCAGGGAGAUGACGGGAUGCAUCGGUCAACUUAUCGAGGGUUUAGUAUCCGGCAGUGCGACCGGGCUCGUGCCAUUGUUAGCAUUGCCCGUGAGUGUGCAUAGUCACGAGGGCCUAGAUGUUCUUCCCGGUGAAAAUGUUGAAGAUGAAGAAGGCGACCUGGCUUGCACAAAACGGUCGCGAAAAAGCGCACUACCACAAAAUCAUUCCAGCAAAGCCGCCCGAAUCGAUCAUCACGAUAUGCAUGAAGUUCUUCACCUAGGAGAUUUCUCUCGCGUCAGAUCACUAUCAAACAUGCCGUCUGAAAUCCAUUGCAGAAUAUUCGCCUUUUUAGAUGACGUGAUGGAUGUGCUGCACUUCAGUCUCAGCAGUCGAUAUUUCUGGGCAGUUGGGCUCUUGUGUAUUGAGGAGCACAUCGUUCGCUCCCUUGCGCCCUGGGCCGGUGAGCCUAUUAUCUGCAUAGACGAUCGGUGUGACCCAAGCAAAUAUCCAUCUGGUUUGCUCACUCCGGAACAAGAGGCCGAGGUAAGGGAGUUGAACCAGGUCUACGGUUUGAAUUCGUUCUCUAUAAAGAAUUCAUACAAAAGGGUCGGAGGGCCAUCGCUCUCACAGAAAUUGCAAAAGUCGUUCCUUGACUACGAGUCGCACUACCCGAUGCCCGAGGUUGACCGUGUCGAGAUCAUGAUGGGACUGAAGCCCGAGAUUCUCGAAUUUUACCCUCGCGACCAGACAUGGAUUCUACGCAACCUCACUACAAAGGAGUUUGUGAGAGGAGAAGCAAUUGCGCUCAGGUGCGAGUUCAUGCAUGGACCUCAGAUUGACGUUUUAGGCUUUGCGGAAAUUUUGGUUUCACGGAUUUCGUGGUCGGAUGCCGCUGAGAAGAUCGGUCGAUGUGAUAAUGUUGCUCGAGGUAGAUGGGCGGGUCAUCGAUUUGACAUCACACCUUUAUCGCAGAUCGAAGGCCAGGCGGAAUUCGGUUCAUGGACGGAUGUCAGUAAUGAAAUAUUGAGAGAGCUAGAUGUAAUGAUUGGUGGUGAAAAUGGAGACGAUUGGCGCGAUCAACUUGCAGAGCAACAUCAGAAGUCGGCAACUUCAGCUUUUUCUAGGUAUCUUUGA